AUGGCUGGUACUGUUGCCUGUCUGCUCGAAACGCUGCCCCAGGAGUGCUUCAACCAUGUUGUUGCCCAUAUCCCGCUUUCGGAUAUGCCAAAGUUAAGUUGUGCAUCGAAAGCGAUGGCAGAACUUUGCGGCAGUGACAAUUCCGAGUUAUGGAAUGGUUUGCUGUGCGAGCGCCUGUGGACCGUGGAUCCUUCCGUGGUGCUGUCUUCUUCGGAUACGACAACAACGACGCUGGAAAUGGUAAACUGGAAAGAUCAGUACAAAUCCUUAGUAAAGGCAGAACAAGACCAUCAGGCAUAUCUGGAUGGACUCAGGCGUUUGAAUUUGCAUGGAUGGUUGGAGCGCCACUUUAUCGGACAGCUGGCACCUCAUUGGAACGGCUGGGAAGCGCGCUACUGGACGUGGGACUCUUCCUCCAACAGUUUUGCAGCUUGGGAAAGCGAACGGCGCCGCAACUGCUUUGCACGCUUUCCCGUGGACCGACAAAGCCAAGUGCGUCGUGUUUCGGAGGAAGAACAGAUAGCCCUCACUGGAACUGGCGCUAGCAAGGGAAGUGCCCUCAAUCCUGUGACAAAUCCCAAACCAUUUGUGUUUACACUGUCCAAUACCACCUUUCCCAUGUUGUGGGCUUGUCGUGACGAAGCACAACUGCAGACAUGGUUGGACAAAAUCUCCGUGACGCUGCACCCACUCAAGUUUGAAGGACGCACCUACAAGGCUCCCGCCAAGUUCAGACUGGAAAAGAAACCUUGUCAGCCAUGA